AUGAGAAAGAUAAAUAUAAUAUAUUGUCAUUUACCAUUAUUUCGGUCUUAACCGAAGACAGCAAAAAAACUGCAUAGUUAAUUAAAUACCUUACUGUUACUUGCUAUCAAAAUGAUUAAUAUCUCAUGUUUCAAAUCUCAAUUCCAUCUUAGUAUAUAAGGUGGUUUAAUUUAAAAAUACAUUUAUAAAAUUAAUUGUCUAUUCAAAUUUCCUUGUACUUAUUAUAUAUUACUCCUAUAUAUUAGUUUAUACACAUACUAUCAUAAUAUAUUACUACUUAAAUAUUUUUAUACUCUCAAUCGAGGUUUCUGUUUCUUCAAUACAUAAUUUACUCAUUUCAUUAACAAAAACUAUGCUUUAAAUUUAUUAGAAUGUUUGCAUCAAAAAAAGUAUAAAAAAGGCAUAUAAAAAUAAAAAUCGAUCAUUAAGCUAAGUAGUAAAAAUUAUUAUUUAUUUUUUUUCAUAGUUUUAUAAUAAUAUUUAAAUUUUGAAUUAUUUUUUAAAAAUUAUACGAAUUAUUUUUUAGUUUAUAUUUACAGGUUUAUUGAUUGA